AUGUGCCGCCACCUGCUUGCGGGCAGCGGCCUGGCCUACAGGCUCUCGCGCCUAGUCGGCUUCCACGUCACGCUGUUCGGCGCGCUGUGGCCCUUCGAACGGCUGCUGCGCACGCCGCUCAAGCCGGUGCCCGUAUGCUUCUACGUGAUGCAGCGCAAGGACAGCGACGACCAGCGCUACUGUUACCGCUGCCACGUGAUCAAGCCGGACCGGUGCCACCACUGUCAGAUGUGCGGCGCGUGCGUGCUCAAGAUGGACCACCACUGUCCCUGGUUCAACACGUGCGUCUCGUUUGCCAACUACAAGUACUUCAUCCUGUUCCUCUUCUACUCGUUCGUGCACUGCACCUACGUGUCCUGGACGACGUUCCCCCACUUUGGCAUCACGCCGCGCCUCAUCCUGGGCUUCUGGCCCGAGCUCAACAUCACCUACCUCUUCCUCCUGUCGCUAUUCUUCGGCCUGGCCUUCUUCGGUCUACUCUACCACCUGUUCCUCCUGUGCUUCAACUGCACCACGCUGCAGAUGAUUGCGCGGCAGGGGAUUCGACGCUACGACGUCGGCGUGUGCAGGAACAUCGAGCAUGUUAUGGGACCGCACAAGCUGCUCUGGCUCGUUCCCGUCUACACCAGCCUCGGAGACGGAGCAGUCUUUCCCCUGCGCUCGGACAUCGCCAAAUAG